CGAACUGUGAAAAAGUACAAGUUUUACCUCGUUAUGGCCUCGAAACUGUAUUGGGAUGUAUGCAUAUUCUGUUCGACAAAAGCAUCCCAGAUGGGAGUGAUCGUUUGCGCUGCCGAUGACAUUAAACUCAGGGAUAACAUUUUCCGAGUCACCCAAUUUCGCGUCCCUCCGUUACCUGCAUCUUUAAGCCCCGUUUGUGUAGGAUGUCGCUCGCAGAUCGUUCAAUGCGAUGCAGAUAAUCACGUCCCACAAACUCCUUCGACAACGUCCGCCGACAGCAAGUACCCUACGGUUUUGCUGAAUGUGGAUCCGAAUGAUCCGUUGGCUGUACCAGAAGAAGUCAAAACGCUCUACCGAUCGAGUUACGUACCGGCGGAGGAAUUUCGCUCGAAUUUCGCCAAUGAUCCGAUGAAGAUAUUCAGACACAUGUGCGACCUGUGUGGCUCGGUAGUUCCCUCGAUGGAGAAACACAUGGCACAGCAUCAAGUUGGGAACACGUUUCGGUGUAUGUUUUGCAAUCUAUCUUUCAAGAAUAAGUCACUCCUGGAAUGCCACAUCUCGGGGCAUAACAAGAGGCUAUUCGUUUGCCAUUUUUGUGGUCAAGCAUAUCGAACAAUGACCUUGCUGAAAUUACACAUGACUAGGUGGUGCUACAAAAGCACGAACCAAGGGAAGCGUCGCAGUAAAGUGUAUAGUUGUACAUUGUGCGGUGAAUCAUUUUUCUCCGACUACAAGAGGCUGAAGCAUCAGGUUCAACAUAACAAACGGCGUUUGUAUGAAUGCUCCGUGUGCCGUUUGAUAUUCCCUUCGAUGCCAUUUUUACGCAGACAUCGUCGAAUUCAUGCAGCAGACACAGGAAAGCUCAAUUCGGUGAAGGCUUCGAAUGAUGAACCGGAUCGGAUCGACAUCGAUCAACAGCAAGUCAUACUACCAGAGCCAGUAUUACCAACUAACAAUGCAUUGAUCUGUUCAGUGAAACAGACUAUCGAUAACCGCCUGCAUCACCAAACCCCAAGAGAGAAACCCCUUAACAUGAUGGAAUCUGAUCCGAUCGCUGGAAUAGCCACACAGGAUGAAGUGACUAAUCCAAGCGAAUCCAAAGAAAACAAAUCCGUGAACGAAUCCUCCACAAUCGAUACACUUAAGCCUAACAUUCCCAGAUUCACCGAAAUACGAAAAGUAUCAAAACCUGGCACGAGGAUCAAAAUAUUAGAAAUAAUAGAUUUACCUAGGUUGCCUCAACAGCCUACAGAAUCAACGAUAAAAUCCAAAGCAGUCAUACCAUCUUCACCAAAGCCGAAACGAACUGCAAACGCUUGUGAAGAUUCAAUAUGCCAACCAAAGCCUAUAAAUCUGGAGAUAUUACCUAGUUGGAAAUGCCAUGAUAAAAUUAAUUCCGAGCUAUGGCCUAUAUUAGGCGUGCCAAGCAGUUUACCGCUGGCGUUGAAGAGAAAAACUGUCCGUAAGGCGAUAACGAAGGAUAAGGAAAAACGCCUAAUCGAGCAAGAGUUUGCAGACCGUCUCGUACAGUUGCCUCGGUGUCUGUUGAAAGACUGUAACUGUGAUGAUCUUAUCAGAUGUUUGUACACGCAGUAGAUAGGUCUUAAGAAACAGAUUUUUGUGUAUUAAAAUUAUAUCAUU